UCAGCCUUGUUACCCCUCUUUCCUGCAACAUCCGAUUGACCAAGCAAUGGCAAACUCUACUCAACUAGAGAUGGCCAUGGCCAUGUUGAUGAGCGUCUUUGACAAAUAUGCAAUGUCUGAAGGAAAAAAGGACAUGCUGAGCAAGUCUGAGCUAAGGUCCUUGAUGGAGAAAGAGCUACCUGGAUUCUUAAAGAACCCUAAGGAGCAGGCAGAGGUAGACAAGCUCAUGAAGGAUCUGGACCACAAUGGAGACUCCGAGGUGGAUUUCAGCGAGUAUGUGGUCUUCAUUGCUGCCUUAACCUGUGCGUGUCACAGCCGUCCCAAGAAGAAGUGACUGCAGAGGAGGAAAGGCACCACGCCAUGCUUGCUUGCUGGGCGGUUCUGGGUUUCACAGGCUCAGAGGGAGGCAAACAAUAUGUCUCAGUGCUUAUACAAUCUCAUACUCUCAAAGGAUUUGAUUGAAUUCAUACUAUAAAAUAACCAUUUAAAGCAAUAAUGAGUAAUCUUUCG